CUAUGGCUGGAGGAAAACAGAGACUUGAAGGGAGCUGAACCAUCUACAUCCAUCCUACAUGUGACCAAUGUCCCAAGAAGACCAGAAAGUGAUGUCAACUGUAAAGAUCCAGGCCUGGUGGCGGGGCACACUGGUGCGCCGGGCACUGCUGCAUGCAGCCCUCAGCGCCUUGGUCAUUCAAUGCUGGUGGCGGAUGAUUCUGGCAAAGAUGGUGGACAGGAGACGGCGUGUGAUUCUGAAACAGUUUUUAAAGGAGGAGCGGGCCGCGGUCAGACUGCAGUCCUGGGUCCGCAUGUGGCGUGCCCGCCAGCAGUACUGCCAGGUGCUCAGUGCUGUUCGUGUCAUCCAGGCCUUCUGGAGGAGCCACACCUGCACUUACAGGGGUCUCAUCAAGGGCCAUUACCAAGUCACUACCAGGGAGCUGCAUCUCGAGCUGCAGAUCGUGCUGGGCUCAGGGCCUUGCAUUAUGACGGAGUGUAUUCCCCUCCCAAUAAAGCAGUGA